AAAUACUAGCCGUUAGCGCCUGUCUGGUUUCAAAUUCAAAACUCAUGCUCCCAUCAUCUCCACCUCUUUUAUUCCCUUACAGCUCCCACUCAAACCAUAAUCCCAAUCCCAAAUCAAUAGCAAGCAAACCAAACACGUCAUAACGCCAAUGCAAACACAAACGCAAAUGCAAACUCCCACGACCGGACCACCGAAGCUCCGCCCGAGGUCCGGCCGGACGCCGCUUCAGCUCAAGAACUCUCCCGCCGAUCCCAUCCAGCCUUCGCCAAAGCCCAAGCCCAAACCAAAGCCCGACCGCCCGUGUUUCGAGAUCUCAGCAAUCGACAAAGAGAACAAUCCGAUCGCCAUCGCCGCCAUUCCGGCGGCGCAGCCGCCGGAGACGUCGCUAGCGGAGGAGCUCAGCGCGAUCAAGAAGAAGCUGGAGAGGAUGAGAGCGGACAAGGAGAGAACGGAGAAAACGCUGAACGAGAAACACGCGGUGCUUGACGCGAAGAUGAAGGAGAUGGAACAGCGAGGUGAGAUUCAGAAGAAUCUCGAGAUCGAGGUCGAUCGAUUGUUCCGGUUGAAGGAACUCAAGUGUCGGUGCAUGAGAGUUUCUCCGAUGCGGACGCUCAGGGAGAAGGAACAAGAAAAGAUCGUAAACGAGGCGCCAUCGCCGUCGGAGGUGAAAACAGAGGAAACGGAGGCGGCGUCGGAAUCGGAAUCUGUUGGAGGCGAAUGCCAAGUUCUGCAGAGUCCAGGUUCAGCUUGUUCACAAACUCAUACCACACACACAAAAUCAGAUAGUUAGUUAAGCUUUAUGGAAUUUUCUAUACAUAAUUUCUCAUUAUGUUUUUUUUCUCUCUUUUAAUUUAUGUGAAUUUCACAUUGCAAAUUGUACUUUUUUUUAUUAUUGUUACAUUUUUGAGAAAGAAAAUGGUUCACAGUGUUUUGUUAUUUCUCU